AUGACAACAGAUUAUUUUAAGGGGGUUAUUAGUACGAUCAUUGAAAAUGAAUUAUUCCUCACUGGAAAGAAAGGUGCAUUACUUAGUGAUACAUAUGAAUUGAACCAUAUUAAAGCCUUAGUGGUUGUAUGUCCCGAACAAUAUGAAUAUCCAAUUAAUAAAGAAGAAGUAGAAAUAUUAAAAUUACCAGUUAUAGAUUCAUAUAAUUUUCCAUUAAUAAAUUAUUUAGAAAAGGCAUAUGAAUUUAUUGACUCACAAAUAACACAACAUCAUCCAGUAUUAGUUCAUUGUGACUUUGGUAUAUCACGAUCUGCUUCUGUGGUUAUUGCUUAUUUAAUUAGAAAAUAUCAAAUGUCUUUAAAAGCUGCUUUUCAAUAUGUCUCUGAUAGAAGACAUAUUGUUUGUCCAAAUCCCGCAUUUAUUAUGCAAUUGUAUGAAUGGCAAAGAAAAUAUCAUUCAUGUAUUGGAAAUGAUGUUGAUGCAUUAUAUAUUAAACAGUUACUUUCCGUGUCUUCAAUAUUAUAUAGAGACGUUCCUUCUAAAUCAUUAUGGAAUGCUUUUGUUGACUCAAAGUUUGAUUUUGCUGAUGCACUAAAGUCAUUAAGAAAACAAUUAGCAUCAAGAGACUUAUCAAUGGAAAUUUGA